AUGAAUUUUUUACAUUUUAUUCAUCUAAUUCUUUCGUUAAUUUGUUUUAUUUUAAUCUUCUCCACAAAUAUUGUUUCAUCGAAAUCAUGUUUAUUAUCUAAUACUUCUUAUGCACUUUGUUCAGUUUCUGAUAAACAUCCUCCAUUAAUUAAAUCAGAACUAUUUUUUAAACAUGACUUCAAUAGUAAAUGUCAUGAUCUUGCAGAAGAAAUUCUUAAUAAGUCUUGUCAUGAAUCACAUAAGCCCACACCACCGACUAGUCUGGAAAAAUAUGGUUAUGGAUUUUUAGCUGUUUUUACUGUAUCUGCGUUGCCACUUGCUGGCUUAUUAGCUUUUCCUAUGUUAUAUAAAGUCUCAUUUCAAUAUGUACUUACGCUAUUUACUGCUCUUGCUGUUGGAACACUUUUUGGUGAUACAAUGUUUCAUUUAAUUCCUCUUGCUCUUGAUCUUCACGGUGGUCACGGUCAUCAUGAUCAUCACGAUGAUCAUGGUCAUACAUCAUUUUCAGUACCUAAAUAUGUAUGGAAAAUGUUAACAAGUGUAUUAAUUCUUUAUAGUUUUUAUCUCUUGGAAGUUCUUCUUCAUUCAUUUGCUCAUUAUAAACAUAAAAAUGCUAAUUCUGUUCAUUUUCAUGCACAUGGUCAUAGUCAUGCAAUACCUCAUCAUAAUCAUUCUCAUCCAGAUGGAGAAGUUUGUGAACAUACACCACUUGAUAUUGAUGCUGAUUUAGAACAUAGUCAUCGUUUACAUAAUCAUAUGCAUCAUAAUUUACAUCAACAUGUAUCAAAUGAAAUCAGUACAGGAUCAUCAUUAUCAACUGCCAAUCAAACUUUUCAUAAUAAUAGUACUAAUAAAAAUGUAACAUGUGUUCCAUGUGCUUAUUCAAAUGAUGUUCGACCAACAACAUCAUUAUUAAAACAUGAUUCAAAAGGAAAUUUAAAGGAUAGCGAUGAUCAUACACCAGUAACUGUUGUUGUUAAAAGUUCACAAGACACAACUGAUUUAAAAAAUACAAAUCCAGUUAUUCAAAAAAUAAAAACAAUUAAAUCAACUGGUUGGAUGGUAUUGAUUGGAGAUGGAAUUCAUAAUUUUGCAGAUGGUCUUGCAAUUGGUGCAGCAUUUAGUCAAGAUCUUAUUCUAGGAAUGACAACGACAUUAGCUAUUGCUUUUCAUGAAUUACCUCAUGAAUUAGGAGAUUAUGCUGUAUUAAUUCAAUCUGGUUUUACACAUUAUCGAGCUGUUUUAUGGAAUUUUCUUUCAGCUACAACAGCUAUUAUAGGAUUUUUUAUUGGUGCAGGAUUAUCAAGUAAUGAUGAUAUUCGUCAAUGGAUAUUUGCAGUUACUAUUGGCAUGUUUCUUUACAUAGCACUUGUUGAUUUGCUGCCUACUUUGUUAGCUGAUGGACAAGUUGAGUUUAAACGUUUCAUAGUUGUUAAUAUUGGCUUUUUACUUGGUAUUGCCAUUAUGUUUUUAUUAGCGUUAUUUGAAGAUAGUAUAAUUCGUUCAUCAAGAUAG